AUGAUAGCCGAUGCACUGGGUCUGCCUGUUGACUGUAGUUAUAUCCCGCUGUCUGGACUGCGACGUGCAGGAGACGUUUGGGCGGAUGUGGUUUUCGGGGUUGUUCAGGCACCAAACAAGCGGUCGGAGUUGAAGGCUGGAUGUUCGUUCUCGUUGAUCGCUCUCGUUGAUCGCUUUGAAAGGGCAGGAAUGAAACGAGUUUAG